UAUCGUCUUGCUGUCAAAAAAUAAAUUAAAGAAAUACAUAUAGUCUCAGUGUGAUUAUAUAAUCACAGGAUUUCCGUGUUGUUGUCAUGAAGCCGUCACUGUCUCGACCUUGGACGCCAGGUCUUCACACAGAGCAGGAACGAAGAGGAAGUCUGGUCCUGCUUCACGUCGGUGAAAAUAAACAGUCCACCAUUAUGAGUCAGCGGACUGAGCGACGGGGGAUACACGUGGACCAGUCAGACCUGCUGUGCAAAAAGGGAUGUGGUUACUACGGCAACGCAGCAUGGCAAGGUCUGUGCUCCAAAUGCUGGAGGGAGGAGUACCAGCGGGUACGGCAGAAACAGAUCCAGGACGACUGGGCCUUGGCAGAAAAGUUGCAACGAGAGGAGGAGGCAGCAUAUGCCAGUAGUCAUGGAGUGCAGACCCAGUCCCACUCCCAGUCCACAGCACCACACCCAGGGCACGCCUCUCUAGGGCCCUUUUCCAAGUUUGAGGAGAAGAAGACCAAUGAAAAAACACGAAAAGUGACCACUGUCAAGAAAUUUUUCAGCCCUUCAUCACGAACUGCUACCAAGAAAGAAACCCAAGAGGGCAAGACACCCAGUCCAUCUAUUAGCCGCCGUGCCAGCUUUGAUACAGACCAAGUAUCCAGGGACUUUCUGGACUUCUUGAAAAACCUCCAGAAACCAGGCCGGGAGAUCCAUAAGCAGUGUCGAGUCUUCAUUGUGAACAUGUUAAGCAAGAAGGAUCUCGGUGCUGAUGAACUGUCGGAGUGUGUUCAGGAUUUCUACCAGAACAUGGCUGACCGCCUAAUGAGUCACUUUAAAGGCUCUUCAGACUCUGUGGAGCAGGUGAUGGACCAAGUGGAAAAGUACAUCAUGACUCGUCUGUAUAAGAGCGUAUUCUGUCCAGAAACCACGGAUGAUGAGAAGAAGGACUUGGCCACACAGAACAGGAUAAGGGCCCUACACUGGGUGACCAUCCAGAUGCUGUGUGUGUCUGUGGAUGAAGAAAUUCCUGAAGUCUCUGAGAAUGUGGACAAAGCAAUAACAGAUAUCAUUGAGAUGGACUCGAAGAGGGUUCCUCGGGACAAACUUGUGUGCAUCACACGCUGUAGUAAACACAUCUUCAGUGCCAUUCGGAUCACUAAGAAUGAGCCGGCCUCUGCUGACGACUUUCUCCCUGCACUCAUUUAUAUCGUACUCAAGGCUAACCCUCCAAGACUUCAGUCCAACAUCCAGUACAUCACUCGCUUCUGUAACCCCAGCAGACUGAUGACUGGAGAGGAUGGCUACUACUUCACCAACCUGUGCUGUGCAGUGGCCUUCAUCGAGAAGUUGGAUGCUCAGUCCCUCAACCUUUCCCCAGAGGAAUUUGAGCGCUACAUGUCAGGCCAGGCUUCACCACGAUUCAACGGCUCAGAGGGUGACUGGCCCCACACUGGCUCAGCACUUGGCAUAACAGCAACUAACCCUGUCCUGGCUCAGGUCAAUCAUAAUCUGGAGCUGCUGUCGGGCCUCAGCGGCCGGCAAGAAAGGCUAAUGGAGGCUGCUCAGAGCCUGCAGGCCGACCUCCUCUCCUGGUCCGACAGCGUACAGCGGGAAGUGCAUGACAUCCGGGAGAAAUACCCUCUGGAGAUCCUGUCUUGCACAGUUCCAGCCAUUGAUGCCAACAACAUAGACAAUGACAACCUGCCAUCACCCCUCACACCCCAGGUGUUCUCUGGGUAGUGGAGUCUCCGAAGGGAGGAAAACAUUUCAAAUACAGCAAGGGUACAAUACACCGGCUUUGAUAAAAUAUAACAUCCCACAUGCACAAAUCUCCUGAAGACUUUGGAGUCUCAUUUUGCUGCGCCGCUUCUGCACCUUAAAGGUAUAGGCUGUGUCUGAAAUCACUUCCUAUUUACUGCAUCUAUGGUCCACCAUUUUCAUUUGAGCGUCCAAAAUCUGAGCAGGUGCAUUUUGGAAAUGGAAGAGUACUGUCAAUGACCUAUACACUAAUUUCUGCUAACAAUCCCAUAUUGCUAUGCUCCACAUUUUACAGGUUAAGGAAAAUGACUGUUAAGCACCUCUAUAGCUGCUAGAGAGUAUACAAAGUGAUAAAUGAUUAAAAUGUGUCCAAAAUCGCAAUUUACUGCUCACUACUGUUUGUGCACAGAGCCACUCUGGAACAAGCCCUUUCACUUAAAUUUUUUUUAAGCACAUUCUGUAUGUUGUAACACUGUACUGUAUUUUUAGAAUUUAUAUAUAAUAUAUACUUAUGUACUGUGUGUAAAAAUGGACUGGUGCUGACUGCCUGUGGACACACUACUGUGCUACUACUGGCUUUAUUUUUGUGUUGAUUCAUGGCUUGGUGAUCUAUUUAGUAUUUAGAGUGUAUAAUAUCACUAUUCUUGCAGAGGGAUGAGUGAACAUAUAAAAUAUUAGAUUACUGUAAAUGGCCAUAUUUACUCAACUGCAAAGACAGUUGAGACAACAUGCUGACAGGCUAACUAAAAUGAUCCUGUUAAUUCUUAUAGUUAACAUGAUUUUAACAUCAGUCAUUGGACUGACUUUUUUACUAUAAAAUGAUAUUAUCUGGUUAUAGACAACACUUUUAGUUUAAAUUAAUUUAAAGUUGAGGAAUCACCUUAAGGAAUAAGUGUGGUGAUAUUUGUUUUAUUUAUUAAGACCAAAACCAACAAUUAAUUAAACCAGUAUGAGAGACAUUUCUGUUUUUAAACCAAAUAAACUGAGUACAUAUUUAUGAGCCAUUUUUAAAGACUUGCAUCUUUCAGAUAAGCCAGUGAGCUACAUUGGAGCUACAUCAGGGACACAGUGGAGAAGAGAAAGACUAAUACAUUGUUGGUUUUGGUCUUUUCAUGGCAUUUGUUAGCAGUAAUAAAAUACAGAAGACACCAGCUGUAUCCUUCAAACUGAUUCUGAAAUGUGAAAAGCUACCAAAAUCAACCAUAAAGCAGACUUAUGAAAAUGAAUUAACAUGUAAACAUCUCAUAUUUAUGAUGCAGUAACAGAUCAUUCAUUUACAAGUGUUUAAUGACAAAGUGUCCAUCUGAUUUUCUGAAUGUUGGUGUGGUCAUACCAGUCUUUUUUUUAACUGCACUGUAUGAUGUUAAUUGAAAUCUAAAUAAAAUCUGUGUGACAUUAUUACUUGGGUGCCUAAAAUUUUUGCACAGCCACAGACAACACACACUGACUGCUCUGCUUUUCUUUAAGAUCAUUUCAUUUUCCCGCAAAUGAAAACUGCAGUGUGGAGGAAAGUAACUUAAGUAC